GAGGAAACCACUGCUCUAAAAUGAGUGUCUCUGGGAGAGAGAGGAGGGACUCCUGCUUCUAAAAUGACUCAAGACACCAGUUCUCAGAGUUUCCAGAAGCCCAGAGCAGAGUCACCUACAACCAGCCUGCUAUCAAUGAAGAGUGAUCAGCCACCUGCUUUCAGCCAGGAACCAUUACCAGAUGACAAUAAGGAAGUGGAGAGUUUGGACAGUGAGGAUGCAUUAAAGAUCACACACAACCUUCUGGACAGAAGAAGUCAAACUCUGCUGACAGUCCAACAAGACAUUAAGGCUAAACUGAAACACAAGUAUCAACACAUAUCUGAAGGAAUUGGACACCAUGGAAACCAAAGUCUGUUCAAGGACAUCUACACAGAGCUCUACAUCACAGAGGGUGGAAGUGGAGGGCUCAAAAAUGAACAUGAGGUUAGACAGAUAGAGAUGGCAUCCAAGAAACAAACCACACAAGAGACACCAAUCAAAUGCAACGACAUCUUCAAGCCUUUACCUGGACAAGACAAACCUAUCAGAACUGUGCUGACAAAAGGAAUCYCUGGCAUUGGAAAAACAGUCUCUGUGCAGAAGGUCAUCCUUGACUGGGCAGAGGGAAAAGCAAAUCAGGACGUUCAUUUCAUGUUUCCUCUUCCUUUCCGUGAUCUGAACCUGAAAAAGGACCAAUYCAGUCUGAUGCAACUUCUUUCCCACUACUUCCCAGAGCUGAAAGAGAUUGACAGCAUUGAAGAUGGUGAAACCAAAACUGUUUUCAUUUUUGAUGGUCUGGAUGAGUGUCGACUUCCUCUAGACUUCAAAAACAAUGAGAAGUGCUGUGAUGUCACGAAGCCAACCUCAGUGGACGUGCUGCUGACAAACCUCAUCGAGGGGAAUCUGCUUCCCUCUGCUCUCCUCUGGAUAACCUCAAGGCCUGUAGCAGCCAAUCAGAUCCCUCCUGGGUGUGUUGACCAGGUGACAGAGGUACGAGGGUUCAAUGAUCAACAGAAGGAGGAGUAUUUCAAGAAGAAAAUCACAGAUCAGAAUCUGGCCAAUGAAAUCAUCAAACACAUGAAGACAUCAAGGAGCCUCCACAUCAUGUGCCACAUACCAGUCUUCUGUUGGAUAUCAGCCACUGUCCUUGAGAUGAUACUGAACGAGGCAGAGAAGUAUGAAGUCCCCAAAACUCUGAACCAGAUGUAUUCACACUUCAUUCUCAUCCAAAUCAUUGUGAAGAACAAGAAGUACAACAAAGCCACAGAAACAAACCCAAAGGAACUGUCUCAGUCAGACAAAGAGAUGAUCCUGACUGGCAAACUGGCUUUCCAACAGCUGCAGAAGGGCAACCUGAUCUUCUAUGAGGAGGACCUGAGGGAGUGUGGCCUUGAUGUGACAGAGGCAUCAAAGUACUCAGCAUUGUGUACAGAGAUCUUUAAAGAAGAAUCUGGGCUGUACCAAGACAAGGUCUACAGCUUUGUGCAUCUGAGCAUUCAGGAGUUUCUAGCAGCAGUGCAUGCUUUAGAAUCAUGUCUGGACAAGAAGGAAAAUGUUUUCCCCCCCACUAGUGAUGAUGAAGAGAAGGAGUCAAUCCAGUUGUCUGACUUACACGAGAGCGCAGUGGACCAGGCCUUGAAGAGUGAGAAUGGACACCUGGACCUGUUCCUCCGCUUCCUUCUGGGUCUCUCACUGGAGUCCAAUCAGAAUUUGUUACGAGGCCUUCUGACACAGACAGGAAGUACAACACAGACCAAUGAGGAAACAGUUGAGAGAACAGUCAGGUACCUUUCAGACAAGAUCAAAAGGGAAUCCUCACCAGAAAGGAUCAUCAACUUGUUCCACUGUCUGAAUGAACUUGGUGCCAACUCUCUAGUUGAAGACAUGCAGACCUCCAUGCGAUCAGGAACCCUUUCAGAAACAGAGCUAAAACCUGACCAAUGUUCAGCCCUGGCCUACCUGUUACUGAUGUCAGAGGAGGUGCUGGAGGAGUUUGACCUGAAGACAUACAACACAUCAAAGGAAGGUUAUCAGAAGUUGCUGCCGGUAGUGAAAACCUGCAAGAGAGCACUACUGGAUCGCUGUGAACUCACAUGUAAAUUCUGUGAGACUCUGACCUCAGCUCUGCAGACACCAAACUCCCCCCUGAGAGAACUGGACCUCAGCUACAAUGACCUGGGAGACCGAGGAGUGGAGAUGCUCUGUGUUGGACUAACCAGUCCACUCUGCAACAUACAGACACUAGUUCUGGGUCAGUGUGGUCUGACAGAGGUUUGCUGUUCAGAUCUGGCCUCAGUCCUGAGUUCACCCAACUCACAACUGAAACAACUGGAGCUGAGAGACAAUGACCUGCAGGACUCAGGAGUUACACUGCUGUCUGCUGGACUGGAGGAUCCAGACUGUAAACUACACACACUGGGGCUGUCUGGCUGUCUGGUCACAGGGGAGGGCUGUGCUGCUCUGUCUUCAGCUCUGAGGUCAAACCCCUCCCACCUGAAAGAGCUGGACCUGAGCUACAAUCACCCAGGAGACUCUGCAGGGGGACUGCUUUCAGCUGCUCUGGUGGAUCCCACAUAUAAACUGAUGAAGCUGAAGUAAGUCAGAAUAGAUGUCCUAAUAGUGUGAGCAGCGGUUGUGUCAUAUGUAGUGUAGUAGGGUCAGUAACAUGAGGACAUAAUGGUAGAAUUAAGGGGAAGUUUUCUCAGCAGGCUG